GGUCUAUCAAUCAUAGCAAUUCCACCAGCAGGCGGACGUGAUCUAGCAUCGGUGACUGUGUUCAGUUCUCGGAAGCUAAAGCUUGCAGCAAUUGUGUUAGUCACUCCCUGAAGGUCUCAAACUUUUAAAAGUUUAUCCUAAUGGCUUAUCCAGGAUACGGCGGGUACGGUGGACCCAUGCCAGGGAUGCAACCCCAUGGAAUGCCCGGAGGACCCAUGGGGGGCCCCAUGCCACCACAGGGAAUGCCUGGAGGACCCAUGGGGGGCCACAUGCAUGGGCAGAUGGGUGGUCCAAUGGGAGGCGGACCCCCUCAGGGAGGGUUCGGCUACGGAGGAGGAUAUCCAGGUGGAUAUGGGGCCCAGAAUGUGGCUCCCAACGAUCCAAUGUGGGGUUACUUCACAGCUAUAGCAGGACAGGACGGCGAGGUGGAUGCAGAAGAGCUCCAGAGGUGUCUGACCCAGGCGGGCUUCACUGGCAGCUACGCUCCCUUCAGCCUGGACACCUGUAGGAUCAUGAUCGCGAUGCUGGACAGGGACUUCACGGGCAAGAUGGGCUUCAGCGAGUUCAAGGAGCUGUUCACGGCUCUGAACGGGUGGAAGCAGAACUUCAUGAUGGUGGAUCAGGACCGGAGUGGAACCGUGGAACCUCCUGAGAUGUCCCAGGCGAUCAGCUCGAUGGGGUACCGGAUCAGCCCCCAGGCCCUGAACGCCAUCAUCAAGCGUUACAACAAAGGAGGAAAAAUCUACUUUGAUGACUACGUGGCGUGCUGCGUUAAGCUGAGAGCUCUCACAGAGAACUUCAGACGCAGGGACACCAUGCAGCAGGGAUCUGUCAACUUCGGAUACGACGACUUUAUCCUGUGCACCAUGGCCAUCUGAGAGCUGCCUUCUGAGCGCAGGACGACAUUCGUGCCAGUCGGUGACUGACUCUGGAUCAGCACCACACAGGAAUAGGGACCGUGACACUGGGCUGAGCUGCAGCAGGCUAACACCUGCUGCUUCUGACUAGUGGUGUAAUGCUUUACUCUCCUGUUUCACACGUGUAUUUAUCAGGUGCACCAACGCUUCUAUCUCUGCAGUUUAUUGUUUAAAAAUGCCUUAAUGAGUUCUUAUUUAGUCAAAUAUCCCAGAAGUGGCCCAAGAUGUCUGGAUGUUCAGGAAUGAUCCUACUGCUGUUGUUUUUUAAGGUGAUGGUCCUUCAUUACAAGACAUAAAAUAAUACUUUUUAAUAUUAAUUAUGCUAAUAAUGCUAAUGCUAGCAUAAUGCAUGCUAAUAACCGGAAUCUGAACAUUUUCAGUAUGACUGGCUUAAUCUGAGACUGAAAAGUAGGAAAAAACUGUUGGUCCAUGAACGCAUCAUGGCCAAUCACCAGAUAAUAAACAGGACUAGCUGCUAAUUCACACAGUGAUGGGAAAAGGUGGAUAUUCUGUCAGGUUUUAGGGUCUUAAAUGGGCGAGAAGACUGCUUCAUGUCCUCUGAUCAAAUCUACCAGAAUAAAACAAGGUUCUGUUUUACGUUCCUAAAGAUCUGAGACUAUUAAAAGGUACUUUUUGUAAAUUUAUAACUUUUAAUGUUCUUUACGAUAGUAAAGAAUGCUUUAAUUCCAGUAAAUAAACAUUUAACUGGAAAAUUGACGACUUUUAAACUUUACAGAAUAUCUUUAUUUUCUCACGUUAUUCCCUCGGAUAGUAACACUCCGCCCUAAUUCCCUACAGAAGCGUUCAUUCCUGCCAAUUGUUGUGCCAAUAUGACCUCUGGAUGAAUGCUUUCAUAUAAGAACCUUUUGUACAUGCAGUUUAUAUUAACAGAAUGUAAAAGCUUGUAUCACUCCUUAUGAAAGAAGCUUCAGGGACCAAAGUCCAGUUUUUACGGGGGUCCGUGUCUAUUUUACAGUUUUUCUAUCAGAAGAUGGUUUUUAUGUUGAACUUCCUAACAAAGCCAAAGUAACUGAUACUUGUUGUCAUGUUGUUUUUUAGUUUUCAGCACCGAGUUCUGACUAAAGGCCAGGCUCUUUCACAAUAAACACACUUUAAUCGUUA